UACCCGCCUCCUUGCUCUUUGGGCGCACCACCACUGCACUGACGGAGAAACUGGUGCCGGACUGCCAUCUAACUGACGCUCUUAAGCCGCAGAACGGGCACACGAACAUCCGUGGGGAGGGAGACCGCCGAGUGCUAGAGCGACCUACGCGCGGAAAUUCUCGGUCAAGAUUUCUUGGUGCCAGGUGUAUCGGAAUACAGCAGCAGUGGGCGGCGUUGGACUCUUUAAAUGUACAACGCCUUGGAUGCCUGGCGUCCAACGAACCACCAAGGUUUUGGCCAGUAGCCCUGUCGCCCUGACGCGAUACGAGGCAGCGAGAGAGACAAAGAAAGGGUCUCUACAUAUCUACAAGCGGAAGGAAUUACACACCUACACAGAAAGAGAGGCUACGCCUACGUCUGGGGUGUGAACGGGAGAGAGGGGCUUGGGAGGUGCUGGUAGCGGAAUCUCGUGGAGAGGUAAGACCAUGGCGGGCUGGCGGUCGCACUCUCAGCGAGCGGGGCGAGAGACCUUCCACACAGAUGUUAGAUAUUCGAACUUCGAGCCCAUAGGCGACGGCUCCUACGGGUUCGUGUGUUCCGCAGACGACAGGGCCACCGGCAAGCGCGUGGCGAUGAAGAAGGUGAAGGACAUUUUUCGAGAUCUGGGGGACGCCAAGAGAAUACUGCGGGAGCUCAAGCUGCUGCGGCAUUUCCGCCCCCACGAAAACGUGGUGACGAUCCUCGACAUCAUGGUUCACCCGGAGAACUCCCUCGACUUCAGGGAUGUGUACAUCGUGACGAACCUCAUGGAGUCGGACCUACAGAAGAUCAUCUCCAGCACCCAGCCUCUCACAGACCAGCACUUCCACUACUUUCUAUACCAGUUGCUGAGAGGCUUGAAGUACAUCCACAGCGCGAACGUUCUACACAGGGACUUGAAACCGUCCAACCUCGUCUUGAACGCCAACUGCGACCUGGCCAUCUGCGACUUCGGGUUAUCCCGGGGGGUCGAGCAAGAAGGGGGCGAGACGCUAACCGAGUACGUCCAGACUCGAUGGUACCGCGCCCCUGAGCUGCUGUGCUACUCUAGCACGUACGACACGGCGGUGGACAUGUGGAGCGUAGGAUGCAUCUUCGCGGAGCUGCUCGGCAGGAAGCCCUUCUUCCGGGGGAAGAACCCCAUGCACCAGCUUCAGAUGAUCGUGGACGUGCUCGGGUGUCCCUCCGAGGAGGACAUGUCCUUCAUCCAAGACAAGGCUGCGAGAGCCGUGGUCUUGCAGCACGCCAGGCAGGCGGUGACAAGGAGGGGGACGGGGGGGGUGCGGCCCCUUGCGGUGUACUUCCCGACCGACACGAGCCCGCUCGCUCUCGACCUGCUCGCCAAGAUGUUGGUUUUCAAUCCACGGAGGCGCAUCGGGGUUGUUGAGGCCCUGGAGCACCCCUACCUUGCAGAUCUUCACGCACAGAUGAUUGGCAAGGAGCCCAAGUGCGAAAAGAUCUUCGACUUCGACUUCGAGAAGGAAGGGGGAGGGUCAUCGGACAGGCUGGUGCCCAAGAAGCAGAGGGUUAUCCCCCGUGGCGAGCUCAAGGCGCUCGUCCUAGAGGAGCUGUUGGUGUAUCGACCGUCUGCUCAGGGAGAGAACCUCCUCGCCGUGGCGAAGCAGGCGGCGGAGGGGGAACGCCAACAGCGCCUCAGGCAGUCGGCCUCUCCUGGAUCCUGGUCAAACUCUCCGGGUCUGGACGCCAUGGACGCUUCUGGCUACGAGGCUCUUUCACCAGCAGCACAGAUGUCGCUAGGUGGGCUGAGUCCGAUGGACGGUGUCGGCCCCGGGAUGAUCACGCCUACUCCGGGAGUUCACGGGUACUCCGGGGCCGUGUCGUACGGUAGUGCAGUGCCGCCGCAGGACAACAGCAGAGGACAGAGCCGCGCGGCCAAAACAUGA